CAUCUCGAAUGGAUUGAUGGUCGGAUUAGCCCGGAUGUCUCCGCACUGGGGAGUCUUCUUUCAUUCCCAGCCCUACGGAGUUGCUCGGUUAAUUGGUUCCAGCUUGAGUACUUUGGCCUUUCGACGGAAACCGGUCCAUGGAGUCAUCUCGUGCUCAGGCGACUCUGUAAUAAUCCCUCUGUUCACGGAAGCACAAGCCAGUACCGCGACACUACCCCGGAUUCCAUAAAACACGAAGUAGCUACCUUUGUUGAACGUUUCCAACAAAGCCUACUUAUGAAGGGUUGGGGACUAGACCGUUCCAUUCUUAUGUUCGCGAAGAGUCUGGUU